UCUGGCGCAUGGUUUACGUAAAGGCCGGUGCUAAUUUUUGUAUAAAAUUUAGAAUAACCGAAAGAUAAAUAAUAAAAGCGGAAUAAUUCUAGUGAAUAAAUAUGUCAACAGCCCUGACUCGUGUGUGGGAGCGCUUGCCCCUUAAAAAACAGGUGGCACAGAGCAGCAUCCGUGUCUUCUCCCAGCAGCAGCCAGAAGUUGACAAUGAAGAAGAGUUCCGUGUUUUGAAUCUGCGUAGCGUAAAGCAGCAGAUCCAGCGACGACGGGAGGUAAGGCGCGAUCCUGUGACCCCGCCGCGCACCAACCGCAUGGCCGUGGACCAGGAUUGGACCGCCGCGUGGCCAGCACCCAGAUCCUUCCAUCCGGCCAGUGUGCCGCUGCCACUGCGGCAGGGCUUUACGGAACGUGGGGCGGCAGCUCCCUCAAAGUUCGCCAAUGCGGAGCUUAUGAAAAUCCCCAACUUUCUGCACUUGACACCGCCGGCCAUUCGCCAGCAGUGCGAGGCCAUUAAGAAGUUCUGCAGUCCGUGGCCUAAGGGCCUGGAAACUGAGGCCAAGUGGCAGCGUCACUUUCCCGUCGAAGUCAUCACCACAGACUACCUAGAGAGCUUGCCAACAAUCAGGAAUUUGGAGGCGCGAAGGGUCACUAUCUCGCUAAAGCUCUCCGAUCUGAAGUUUGAUGCCCAUGCUAGGGAUAAGUUCCUGCGCCUCGUGGGCGACCGCUACAACCGGGACACGGACACUGUCACCUUCGUCACAGACCGGUGUCCCCAGAGGAAGCAGAACUACGACUAUGCUAUGUACUUGCUAACCGCCUGUUACCACGAAUCCUUCAUAACCGAGCCCUGGGAGGCAACCAAGUCGGAGGCAGACAUGGAAGUCUACUUGUUCGAUCGCAACCAAUCUAAGAUCGCAGCCGAGGGCAUCCUCAACUGGAAUGCCAAGGAGGGCGAUAGUAAGCUCUCCCCUACACCCGCCUAUGCGCAGUGUGUGGAGCAAUUAAUAAACGAGGGAGAGAACGAGUACAAUUUAGCAAAAUACAAGGAAGAAGUCAAAAAAAUGUUAAAAAUUUAAACAUGAACCUUGAAAAGCAAUUGUAGAGAACCAAUAAAGCUAAAAAUUGUUAGAA